CUUCCUCAGUCAAGGGAUCUACUCUGCUCUCGUGACAGACUACGAAGGAGAUGUGAGGACGGUACUCUAUAAGCUCAGAGGUUCCGCGCGCACCCGAUGACAAAGCCACCACUGAUUAUGAUUAACACGCAGCCACGGCCAACUUCAAAUGUACCGGUCCAGGUGCUACCACAAUUGACGGUGACCUAUCUACGAUAAUGGUCACACGAGACCGCUCUGCUGUCCGAAUGAAGAAUCUCCGCUCUCGUAACGCUUAUGGAUUCAAGCCUUUGCCUAACCCAGAUGCCGUUGACAAGAAAGAAGGCACGGGCUAUUAUGGCUUUCAUGUGACCAACAGCGCAUUCGAUCAAGGCAUGUGGGAUACUGCAGACUCGAAAUGGAAAAGAUGCUGCCGAGCUCAAGCGGCUUUCAACGUCUCUUUGGGCACGGCUUCAGACUAUGUCAGCAGUCUCAGCACCGUCUCUGCUUGGAUCGAAUGCGGUGGUCCAGCCGCCAGCUCGCGAAGAGAUUGCAGUCGCAAAUUGACUAGGAAUGGCACCUGUUCAGCUGCCUUUCACACAAUUGCCGACAUGCCAAUCUCUGAUAUCGAUGUGCCGAAGGUCCAAGUGUAUCAAUUCUAUUUUCAAGCUUCGGGCCAGUGUCGCCUAGGUAGCUGGCGUACCGGAGGUGCCACCUGGAUGAGUACUACAAUGGGACCGAUGACAACCACCCUCGUCACGGUUUCGCUGCCUUCGUCGCGAAGCAUUGCCGAGCUCAUUAACUUCGAUGGCGGUCGCUUCUACGCUGCCGUCAAAGAGAUCAAUUAUCCUGGCACUGAGCAAGUGACCAUACGAUUCGCAGUGACGCUCAAAGAAUAUGGCAUGCUGCAAAACAAUUGGUUGGCGGAAGAAGAGCCAUGCUGCAAUGCGAUAUCGUUCGCUUCCAUCGUCGUUGGCGCCUAUCAUCGGUCUGCGAGCAUCCUCUUGACCGGUGUGGCUAAGCCGAUGUUCAUUGCUUGCUUACCAAACAACCUCGUGCAUGUCAUUCGAGAGGGUAGCUGCAAGCUUCAGUACGAUGGUGAUGCCACUUUCGAGUGCAUCGAUGUCAAACGACGACUAGAGCUUAUGAGUUCAUCGGCGUCUCAAUGAUUGUAGCGUGUUUCAGCAUAUCAAGAUCCAUAAAGGGAUGCAUCGGAUCAUACGAAGACCUGCGCAGAGCUAAUGGAGACUUGUCCUGAAUGGGCAAUUCGAAAUCUCGAGUCUUAGCGCAACCAAUGACAUCCAAUGCAUGAUGCAUGUCCGCAU